CUUUUGCACUCUUUAAUAUCGAGUCUAACUACCUUAACUAUUCAUUACAAUACAAUACCUCGUUUAGUAUAUCCUUAUUAGUACACUUCGAGUCCAAAGCCGCUUUGAAGAUACCCUACUAUUCAACUCGGCGAUGUCAGCCCCCCCGACUACAGGAAACCCUAAGCAUGAAAUCUUGUGCGAGGAUCUCUCGAAAAGCUUGCAAAACUUGAAGCUUGACGGACAAAUUGAAAAUGCGAAGGACACUUCUGGCUUCUGGAGUCAAAUCCCGGUUGAAGCCGAAUAUCCAUACGGACUCCUGGAUUCAUGCAUGAAGGGAGAAUACCACCAUGUAAAAAAAUACCUCCAGGAAACAAAAAAUCCAGAACUCCUCCUUAAUUGGGUUGACAAGAACGGGAACACGGCCCUUAUUUGUGCUGCAUCGAGAGGAAUACCCAAAAUGGUU